AACGCACUCAAUUCACAGCCAGCAAGCAAACCACGCACAACACGCGAGUUUAUUUACAACAAGCAAUCCGCUAUUUGUGUGUAAAGUGUAUUUUAAGUGUGAAAACUGAGUUUACGCGUUGAUUUAAUACGAUUAUUCGUAUUUUGAGAAGAAGAAAAAAGAAGAAAGUGUAAGACAUUAUUUGUAAUUGUUGUUUACUGAAAUCCGACUUGUCAAGAUGAACACGCAAAGACGCAAUUCGUUGUGUUGCGGCCUACUUGUCGCCAUCUCGGCCGCCGUUUUCAUGGCGGAGGAUGUUCAAUCGGCGGCGAUUCCCAUGUGGGAAUAUUUAAGCAAGGAUGAAAAGAUGUCUUAUUUAUACUCAAUGUUCGCCAAUCAAGUGGAAGACUUCUGCGAGUUCAGCGACAUGCACAAUUGCAAUCGUGAGCUGUUGAAAUUCGGCCUCGGCAAGCUGAAGGACAUGCCUGAAGAUCAUCUGGACACGAUGGAUCCAUAUCAGCGCGGUGCACACACACUCAUUUGGGAUUCAAUGAUGGAAGGCCAUGAAAUGAUGGACAAAGUAAAGCAACGUCGUCCAUCAUCUGCCACCACUAAUUACCGCACAACCACAGCCAAACCCAACUCAUAUGAAGAUGACCAAUUCGCAUGGAAAACACCUGCCAACAACGAUUACACCGGCGCAGCUUCCGCCAAGAUCGAAACAGUUGUCUAUCGUCUUCCACCUCCCAAAGGAUUCGUCAUUACCAACGGACCAUCUCAAUACGUGAGCCCUAAGGGAGGAUAUGUCCCUCAACAGACAAAUAACUACCAAGGUCAAGCAGUAAAAGUAAACCAAGCCCAACAGUUUAAUUACCAACAAAAACAACAAUUCACUACUCAAGAUCAUGAAGAUGAUAUGGCUGCUGGUGAUGGCGCUCCAUUGACAGGACCUAUGGUUGUGAAGGUCCAUUUGGAUGGCACUCCUGUCCAGGAGAAGGCCAGUUUACCCCAGGAUGAAGACCUCAAGCAGUACAAGAUGUCAAAGGCAAAGAUUCCAACGUUUCACUAAGAUUCAACGCGUUUGAUGUGAAGUGCCUCAUGUGCUGUGAUAUUUAUGAACGAAAACUCCUCCUAAUGUUGAUGAAGAAGCAGGAUUCUAAGAACUCACUGUAUAUAGUAGUUGAUAGUGCUUAGAAGUGCGUUGAAAUUGUUAGGAAUUAGUUGAUUAUGCUAAGCGAACGCGAUUUAACUUAUUUGAAUCACAGCUCUCAAGUGAAUACUCGAAUCUAUGCCAAUUUUAUGUGUGUAAUUGUAAAUAAUCUAUGUUUAUUGUAAUGAUGUUUAAUGUGUAGCCGGUAGAUGAUAGAUUUGUGAGAAAAUGUGUUCGUAAUUUAAUUAACGCAUGAAUUUGCAUGUUGCGUGUGUGAUGUGGGUAGAAUUAUUAUUUAAACAUUGCUUUUCAUGUGGAAUUGUCUGUUUUGUUGUAUAAUGUGUGUUUAAUUGUGAUGUAAUUCUAAUUAUCUAUUAAAUAUUUAUGGCUUUUA